GAUUAUUCCUAUGUUUCCAGGAUAGUCUGUGCAUCGUACGGCUAAAUUGAAAAUAACUGCUAUGUUUCCGACCGUAAUCCUGAUUCUUAUUCAGGCCCUGAUGUUUUGUUGCGAAGAAAACGUUACUUCAGAAGAAAGCAUCUCGAAACAACGAAUGACUUGUAGAACAGAAAGCAGAGUUCCUCUUUCUUACGAUCAAUACAAGCUGAAAACAUGCGCGAAAUGUUACACAUACAUGCCCAGAUCGUCUUUUAAAGUCCAAUUUCAGUAUAGAAACGGAAUCUUGCGGGACCCUUUAAUCAACAUGACGUACGAAGCUAAUCCAGUGAAUACUAGCCAAGAGAUUUUGGAUUCUUUUAUUGAAGAACCGUAUAUCUGGAAUUGGAAAGGUUGUUGUAUCGCAGCCGUAGAAUGCUGCCAUGAAAUGAUGAAAGCUCCUCCAGUUUUGACAGGCCUUUUUUGUCCGCGAACGUGGGAUGGAUGGCAAUGUUGGCAAGACACUCCGGCAGGCACCACAGCCAAGCAGCCGUGUGCAGCGCACAUCUAUUUUCAAACAAAUCCACCAUCUUGUACAAAAUAUGCUUAUAAAGUCUGCUGGUCUAACGGAACCUGGUAUCAAAACGAGCAGUUAAGAGAGUGGACAAAUUACAGCAAAUGCGGCCGUGUUGAGGAACACCGACGAUAUUUAUACUUCCAUAUAUCUACAUACUCUGUCUCUAUCAUAUCUAUGAUUCCAGCUCUCGUGAUAUUCUCGGUUUACAAGUAA